CAGCACGGCGCAUGCUCUCGUGCCUCUCUGCCAAGCGGAGGAUGAACUAUCCGCUGCUGUAAAACGCUCUGUGGGGAGGGGGUGAUGGCGGGUGCUGAGGUCACCGUGUCUUCAGGGGAUCUCAUGACGGUGAAGGAGGAGGAAGGGGAGUCCAGUGGCAACAACCAUAAGACUCAAGUCAUCCUGCACCUGCAGCCCAUCCUGCACGGGAUAAACGACGACAUUGCUGACACUGGCACGACAGUCUUGGCCAUAGAGACGCAUCAUGAAGACAGUAAAGCAGAAGGAGAGGAGAUCGAGUACGGCUACCCCAUCACCUGUGGAGACAGCCGUGCGGUUCUACUCUUUAAGAAGUUUGUGUGCCCUGGGAUCAACGUCAGAUGUGUCAAAUUUAAUGACCAGCUCAUCAGUCCCAAGCAGUUUGUCCACCUGGCAGGGAAAGCCACUCUUAAGGACUGGAAACGGGCCAUCAGACUGGGAGGGGUAAUGCUCAGGAAAAUGAUGGACUCCGGCCAGAUAGAUUUCUACCAGCAUGACACGGUGUGCAGCAACACCUGCCGCAGCACUAAAUUUGAUGUGCUGAUCAACAGCACGCGGCUUCCUCCGGGGACCUCGGUGCAGCCAAGCCCGUCAUGUCUGGCUCUUGACCUUGUUGGAGGACAGGUGCCUCCCCUGACAGGGGAGGCUGUACAUGAUGCAGCAGAGGUAGAGGAGCCUGUGGAGGAGAAGUUCAGUGCAGCAGCAGAUUGGAGCCCUGGUGCGGCCCGCGAUGUGAAUCCCACAACAGCAAACGGACAUGCUGCGAAGAGAAAGAGGGCUGACACACCUCCUGAUGGAGUAUUGAGCCUGUGGAAGGGUGUGGCAGACUCGGGGCUGAUGGGCGAGGUCCUGUCCAGUCUCCAGACUGAGUUAUUAGCCACUCUGAAAGGAGUGGAGGUUCGCAGUGAGAAGGCCAGCCUGCAGGAGACAGAUGCCGUCAUACUUAAUUCCCUGUGUAAGAUGUUUGGCCUUUUAGACUCAGUGAAGCAAGCUCUGGACCUGAAGCGCAGCCAGGGUGAAGAAAACAAAAUCCAUAACAAUUUUUAUGUGCUGGAUGAGAGUUUGGAGGAGCGAAGGAAGCAGGGUUGUGAUAAAAGCACCUCUUACAAAAUUCAAUCCUUGAAACACCUACGACCUCACCGUCACAACCUGUCAAACAGCCAAACCCACAACAUGCUGUCCUCUGUCAAAACAAGCCCAGUGAUCCAGCCUCUCUCCGUCACCAGUUUAUCUGUCGCACCUUACGCUCAGCUCACCAUCAACCCUCAGCUCUUCACCCAUUUCUCUACCUCUGCUGGCCAGCGCCACCACGCCGGAGCUGGCAGGAUGGACAGGGACACCCAUAAUACCACGCUGGAGAGGGAGUGUGAGCUUGGUGAGAAUCAGGAGAAGCUUCGCAGGCUGGGACAGGCGGGUGUGGAGGGAGAGGACACCUCAGGGAUUCACAAAGAGCCUGGACAGAGGACUGUUAAGUUUCAAGGAGACCCUCACCUUAGAAGUGAGGAUGUAGACGAGACGAAGAGCUUGCAAGGUAUUGAAAAGGUGGUUACAGGAAGAAAGGCGUCAAAGAAACAUAAAAGUAUGUGAGGGAGAGAGAGAUGAUCUCAAAGGGAAGCUGGACUAAAAUAGGGAUUGUGCCUGAAGCCUGAAGACUAAACUUACUUUGUCAAACUGUAUUUUUCCUCCCUUUGUAUGCUCGUGUAUAUACUGCGGUUACAUCAGUCGGAGUUUCUGCAGCAGUGUUACAAGCACAGAUUGGUUCUGGCAUUGAGGCUGUCACUGACACUUUCUGGACUUAUUGGUUAAAUCAUUGGUAGGUAGAUUUACUUUUAAUAAUCAAUUAAUCAUUUGAGUCGUUAUCUAAGCAAUAAUCCCCCAAAUUCACUGGUCCCAGCUCCUCAGAUUGAAAUGAUGCUGCUUUUCUUAGUCUUUGGGUUUUGGAGUAUCGGUCGAACUGAAUUCGCAAUAUUUUGCAAUAUUAAUUAAUCACUUUGGGCUCUGGGAAAUUGCAAUGGGCUUUUUUUUUUUUUUUUUUACUAUUUUCUGAUAUUUUAUAGACUAGAAGUGAUAAAUCAGCAAUAAAUAAUUUAACUGAUUAUAAAAUAAUGGUUAGUUGCAGACCUAAAAUCCAGACUGUGCUCUUGUCUAUUGAACAUAACACUAGAAACAGUAUUCUGUGUCAGUAUUUCUAAAUUUAGUAAAGAUACAGUUCUUAAGAUGCCUCUCAGAUGUGUGUAAAUAUAAUGUUUGGUUCUAUUUAUGAUCUUUGGUGAUAACAUUUUCCCCCAUCUAGAAGUAGUUUGAAUCUUUUGGCGGUCUUUGUGACAAUUUUUCCUUCUACUUUUGUAAUUAAUUUCUUAUAACUAUUUGUAAUGGAACAUUUUGUGAUUUGCACUUGUGUGUUGAAUUUUAUAUAAUUUGGAUUUUGUGAAAUAUGUCUCACUCAGGCUUGUAUUUAGGCCCUUGUUAUAAUGCCUAAGAUCUAUGCACCGGACACUAACUGUCCUUCCGACAGUAAGAAUUAUAUAAUAUAAGUACUGUGACUGUUGAUGUGCUGUCGCUUUAUGCAGGAUUUUACUAACAUGUGCUGCAAAUACAUCAUCUGGUUAAUUUACUUUCCCCCCUCUUUUUUAUCAUAGAAAAAGCACAACAGAAGAAAUAUGUGAUGAGAGUAGGACACUAAUGUCUCAAUUUCCUUGUAAAAAUGAUGAGCACAUUUAAAUAAAAACCUUUGUUUGAUAUUUUAA